AUGAAUUCCAAACGUUUUCAAACUUUAUUGUUACUAAUAUGUAAUGAGAAAUGUAAUAUGAAUAUAAACGAAGAUUAUUUAAUUAAACACUUAAACAUAAUUAGAAAUAAAUUAAAUGUAUAUGAUGUUCACUUAUCUGUACUUGGUUUAGCUGGAUUAAAUUAUGUCAUUUAUCAAGAUAAAAACAAACUACUUGAACCUAAUUGGUCAAAGAUAACCAUGUAUACAAGACUAGUUGUAAAUUUAAUACAUGAAUUUUUUUUUUAUGUAUUUGCACGAUCAUAUUUUAAUGAUCUUUCAUAUGGUAUAUCUCAUCGAGUAGAAUCUUUAGAAGAUGGAUAUUUGUUUGAAAAGCAAGUUUUUAGUACAAUAAAAUAUAAUUUUUGGUAUGAUGAUAGUUGUUGCCAAUUAAUAUUUGAUAAAAAUACAUGGUCAUCAUCAGCAAAUACUUCUUUAUUUACAAGUGAUAUAUUAACAAAAUUAGAAGAUAUCACUAAAGAGAAUCCAAAAUUUGGUGGAAAUAUAAGAAAUAUACAGUAUUUUGGAAUUGAAUAUUUUCGUAAUAUAAAACUUACAUAUGAAUAA